AUGUCAUCAGAGACUCCAUCGACUCUUCCCACUCACCAAGACUCGCUCUCCCUCUCAUCUUGCCUAACCAAAUACAAAGUGACUAUCCAAGACCCUCAAAGUCGAUCCUCCGCCUUGACCCGCAUCAGCCAACAUUCAGAUCGUCAAUCGAAUAUGGAUUUCCUACGCUCAACAAGAGACAAAGGUGGAAAUCUAAUUCGUUAUCUGUGGCUUAGUGAUGCAUCUGACUUAGGACCUCUCGAACUUGUGGAAGUGGACGGUCCGAGACCCGAGAACCGACCGAUGAUUAGGAAUGGUAGAAACCAAAUUGAUUUACAAAUCCCAUUCGAUUUCCAAGAGGAAUUUGAUGGGAUUGAGAUGAGCGGAUUUACCAAUUCCAUUAAAUCAUCCAAUGUGCUAAACGAUUGGAAAGACAAGUCUGAAUUCCAACUGACUAUGACGAAUGAUAGUGAACUGCACAACGGAGAUUCAUUCGUUUCAGCUGAUGUGAUCGAUGAGGUGGUCGUUCCUGAAUUAACACUUGAUUGUUACAUGGGCGAAAGUAAAGUGAAAUCUUUAGAUGGGUUAGUAGGUAGUUUAAGAGGCAGAACCAUCAUUUAUGGAAAAGAACCUGGACAACAAGAUGAAUCGACCGAUGAUCCUGCUAGUACGAUCAUCAACGAAGAACAUAUUCGAGUUGGUAAUCCUGAUGGUGUAUCGAAUAAAAUUGACACGUUUGAAAGUCAAGUUGUUAAAGUUGCCAGUACUAGCGUCGAAAUUGGAAAUGGCGAUGGGAUCCGAUUGGUCAUUGCUAAGAUGUCUCUAGAAGAUGAUGAUACCGCCAGCUUUAGAGUUGAAGCUGGUAAUGCUGAUGGUAUCAAAAGAGAUAUCUGA